UGUAAACCAGUAUAAUUUCCGAUAGUAUAUAAGUUGCGUAUUCUCAACGUUUAAAACAUAAUUAUAUCUCCGUCUACUUAGCGUAACAUUAUAGUAAAAAGAAUAAAAAUGUCUUCUGAAGAUUUGAAAACUGCAUUUGGAGGAAAAUGGAAGAUUUACAAAAGUGAAAAGUUUGAAGAAUUUCUAAAAGACAUGGGUGUCAAUCUUGUGAUGAGAAAGGCUGCUGCCAAUAUGUCACCAACAAAUACCUUUACCAUAGAUGGCAAUAAUAUAACAAUCAAUAUAGAAGCUGGACCAAAGAAAAUGGAGGAAAAAUACACGUUAAAUGAAGAGGCAGACAGGAAAACAGAUUCAGGAGAAAUGGUCAAGUCAAAAGCGACGUUUGUCGACGGUAAAUUGACCAUAGUAAAUACUCCUACUGAGGCUACUAAGAAAAUUGUAACAGUAGUCAGAGAAAAACAAGGAGAUGAUCUUGUCAUGACUUUGACUCGUGGUGAUGUGUCGGCUAAAAGAUAUUUCAAGAAGGCAUAAACCUGUUACUUUGAAGUCUACGUUACUUAAGGAUUUACAUAGGAUAACACCUAAAUCAUGUGACCAUAUAGAUAUUGCACAUCGCUUUUAGCAUUUUACCUUAGAAUGUGUUCUAUGGAGUUUAUGUAGAUUCUGUAUACUCUGUGCAAUUGUUUACUUUUUGGUUUGCGAAAUAUUUCAAAUCAACAACCAAAUACAUUUGUCUCGGACUUCAUUUUACUAUCCAUUCAUUUAUUUGAACAAUACAUUUUUACAAAGUUUCAUAUUAAUAUACAGUUUUGAUAUCCAUUUCUGCAUUAUAAGGCAAAAUGUAAGCAUCUAGUCAACACGCUCUUAUUUUCCAGUGGCAGUAAAAUGGAACCCAAUUCCAUCCUCUUCAAUGGCAGGCAAGGCCAUUUUAUGGUAUACGCACGAGCAUCGUACAGUGGUCUGAAUGCUUUUCAUUUCUAUGUAUUGUGGCAUACAGUAUUAUUAUGCAAUUGUUAUCUCCUUUAUUUAAACUCAACAUUUCAUAUUUCUUUAUUCAAUAAUUUACAUGAUGAUUAUUCAAUACAUAUUUAUUGAAUUGGAUAGAUAUUUGUAUUUGAAUUCAUCAGUGAGAGAUAUUUAUUUGUAUUUUGAAGUUUAUAACUUCGUUUUAUUUUCGUUGCAAAUCAUUUAUAUAAGUCGUUUGGAAUUAUUGAAUUGAUUGAGGACUGAUGUUCAGUCUAACGUCAGUAAACUGUGCAUAUCCAAAUAUGUAUCUAUGAAUAGUAUAUCUACUUUAUGCAUCUACGAGUAAAAUUUAUAUCAUUGCAUGAACCAAUUCUGUACAUUGACAUCUCAUAAUAAAUAUUGUUAUCAA